CCAUGCCGUAAAACACUUCGUCCGAACUGCCAGUGAAGAGAGACAAACGGCCUGAAAGCAUAUACAUGUAUAGACGAUGAAAGUAGGGUUAUCAAAACGCACUUUCAUUUUAUAGACAGUAUUCUAGUCUUUCUCACGAUGAUCAUAGAGAAUGUUGAAGCCCUGAAGUCGUGGCUGGCAAAACUACUGGAGCCAAUAUGUGAUGCUGACCCAUCUGCAUUAGCCAACUAUGUGGUGGCUCUUGUGAAGAAGGACAAGCCGGAGAAGGAACUGAAAGCACUUUGUGCUGAUCAGCUUGAUGUCUUCCUACAAAAAGAGACGAUGGGAUUUGUCGAUAAGCUUUUUGAAUGUCUGACAACCAAGAACUACCUGGGAAUUCCUGCUGCCAAGGAGGCUCCUAAAGAGGAGGUGAAACCACCAGCAGUCAAGUCUGAUGUUGUGGAGGCUGAGACUCCAGAGGAGGACAGAGAAAACAGGCGGAGGAGAAGUCCUCUGAGAAACCGCUCUGACUUCAACGAGUCCAGGAGCCGCGAUGACAGGAGGCGAGAUGAGCGCAAGCGACGCGACUUCGAUCGGCACGGAAAAAGUGGCAGCGACUCCCACCGCGAGCGGGAGCGCCACGAGCGUCGCAGGGGAAGCCCUCGGGGGAGGAGCUACAGCCGCAGUCGGAGCCGCAGCCGGAGCAGGAGCGGCAGCCGAGGCAAGAGCAGGGACAGGGAGCACAGAGGAGGUAGAGACUUCAAGUCAAAGUUUGAGUUGGAAAGGAAGGACACAGACUGCUACAACUCCUCCACCACAUCCGGCUCGCAGCAGCAGCACCCGCCACCUCUCCUGCCCCUGCCCACACCUCCGCACCCCUUUUCCUCUUCUUCAUCGUCCGCCGGAGUUUCGGGAGCUGGAGGCGUUCCUAUAGCAACACCGGCUCACCUGCCCGACAGCACGACAGACAGCUGGUCUGGCUACUACGCCGCCCAGAGGCAAGAUGGUGUCAGCAAGCCGUUUGGCAACAAGGGUCCUUCACUCAAACAGCGUUGCAGGGAUUAUGAUGAAAAGGGAUUUUGCGUCCGUGGCGACCUUUGUCCAUUUGAUCAUGGCAACGACCCUCUCAUCGUCGAUGAUGUCAAUCUGCCGAGCAUGAUUCCGUUUCCACCCCCGCCUGUCAUGCCCCCCGCCGGCCUGCCCAUGCCCCCCAUCACUGAGCCACCCCCUCCCCUUAGGAUGCCUGCGAUGCCACCAUACGGCCAACCACCACCACCGGGUGUCUUCCCCAUGACUGGACCCCCACUGAUAGCAACCAGUGGGAUCGAUACCCCCAACCACCAAACGGCGAUCACUUCUUCUCCUCCUAUCGGACCGCCUGGUGUGGGGCUGCCACCUACUCUUCCUCCUCCUCCUCCACUUCCUCCCUCCUCGUCCUCAUCUGUGUCUCUUCGUCCCCAAUAUGUCCAGUCUGAAUAUAAUUAUGAUCCAGAGGGCUAUAACCCAGAAUCCCCGGGCCUGACUGCAGCAGGUCGUAAUCCGUACCGUCAAUUCAUUCCCCGGGUGCAGACGCAGCGAUCCAACCUCAUCGGCCUCACCUCCAGUGAAGGACAGGGCUCCAGAGCUGCCAACAUAGUGAUCCAGACGGAGCCUGCCACUGUAGCCAGCACACCUGGAAGUAACGUGUCCCGUUUCAACACGGAUCAGGACAAUAGGAAGAGAACCAUGGGACCCAGUACAGCUGAGGGACCAGCUGCUAAAAAACCCUGGAUGGAAAAGCCGAGCUUUAACAACCAACAUAAGAGCAGUUUCCCCAAGAGGUAUCACUAUGUGAACACCAAGUUGGAGGUGCGCAAGGUCCCACGUGAGCUCAACAACAUCACCAAGCUCAAUGAGCACUUCAGCAAGUUCGGAACCAUCGUCAACAUCCAGGUGGUGUUCGGCGGCGACCCAGAAGCAGCAUUGAUCCAGUACACGAAAAAUGAAGAAGCCAGACGGGCCAUAUCCAGCACCGAGGCGGUCCUCAACAACCGCUUCAUUCGCGUGUACUGGCACCGUGAGCCGGGCACCAACGCCACGGGGCUGCAGCAGCAGGAGCAGGGCUUAGGGAGCCAGGCGAUCGGGGCAGCGCCCAGCCAGGGGCCGCAGCACAGCUCUAUGCAAAGGAUCAAGCAGCACAGUCCAGCCGCCUACGUGUUGAACAAGACUGUGCCCAAGCAUCGCCUGCCAGCGGUGGCUGGGAUCACAGCUACAACCAAGCCGGACAGCCUGAACCCAAACACAGACACUGUCACUGUGGCGCCUGCACUGACAAACACCCAGAAGAGCCCCUACACCUCCAUAGGCCUGAAGUCCUCCUCAAAGAGCCUUGGGAAAACUGGAAAAGCACUAGAAGCGCAGGAAGUCCUCAAGAAGAAACAGGAGGCAUUAAAGCUCCAGCAAGACAUGAGAAAGAAGAAGCAAGAGAUGUUAAAGACGCACAUCGAGUGGCAGAAGGCCUUGAUUAAUCGCCUGGAGAAGAAUCGAGGGAUGAAACCUGAGGAGAGGGCCAACAUCAUGAAGACACUGAAGGAGCUGACGGAGAAGAUCGCACAGCUGCAGAACGAGAUGAACCCUAGUCCUGCCUCGCAGUCGCCCGGCGCCAAACCCAACCACAGCCAGUCCAAGACCAAGACUGAUGUAAGUUUUGGCCCUUUCUUGGCUCAGAAGGAAUUGUUGGACGCUGAGCUGGACUUUCACAAGAAACUGAGCUCUGGAGAAGAUACAACAGACCUCAAGAGGAAACUGGGACAACUACAGGUGGAGGCGACUCGGUUGGGUCUGAUACGGCCUCCAGCGGGUCGAGGCCGCGGCAGAGGGAAGAUGCCCCUGGAGCCCGGCUCGAUGCACGUGGGCCGCGGCCGGGGCCGAAGCCGGGAGAUGAUGGCUCGCAACGUGAACCGCAUGGUGGUGGACCACAGACCCAGAGCCCUGGCUAUUCUGGGGGUCACUCAGGAGGAGAAGGAGGAGCUGAUGCCUCACUUUGUGAAAUUCGGUGAGAUCGAGGACGUCCGUGAUCAAGACGCCAACAGUGUCGUCAUGACCUUCAAGACGCGAAGCGAAGCAGAGAAUGUGAGUCACUGUCAUGACUCUAAAUCAGACCAGGCAGCUAACCAAGGAGCCAAGUUCAAAGGUCGUGUGCUGCAGAUUUCCUGGUUCAAGCCCAAGACGCCCUCUGUUACAACCGAGCCAGAGGAGGUGGAGGCUAAAGAUGAAGACAGUGCGAAGGAAGCCAGCUCUUACUUGCCCGGUGAGGAAGAGGAGGAGGAGGAGGAAGAGGACGACGAUGAAGAUGACGAGUACGAGAGCCGGUCUUGGAGACGGUGAAGGUGCCGCGAUUCGUCGUCGCCUGCUCUCCAGAAGAAUCAGUCAUUAUUUUUCCCCACAUUCAAAAUCAGCUCAACUGAAGUCACAUCUUCUUUUUUUGUUCCUUUCCAGUAUUUUGAAACAAAGUAAUUUUAGACUCUAAUCAAAGUAAAAAACAUCUUUACUUUAUUGUACAUGAGAAGAAGUUGAGAGGGCUGAUGGUUUUUUUAUCCCUCGACUAAUCGAUUAUUUAAAGCAUCUCACUUUUGCUGAGAAAGAUAAAUGUUAAGUUGUUCUUAUAGAUAGAAAUAACCUAUGUACGUUUCGAUGUGCUUACCAGAUGAUAAAUAUCAGUAAUGCACAACAUUUGUGUCUACUGUGAAUAGGUAUUUUUAUACAUACUGUAUUUAAGCUCUUUUCUCACCAGUUUUUUAAAGAUCUUGUCCUCAGUUCAGGGACAGCCAUUCCUUCACCGAUAGAACAUUCUCUGUCGCUACCAGAGAGAUAUUUAUUUAUUUUUCCACUGCAUCGAUGCACUCUGCAGUACCUACAUUGGCACGGCGUGGGGUGGUUCUCCAUUUCACUUUGCUCACAGUUUGUUUUGGUAUGGGUUCGCCCACGAAACAUUAAAGGAUCCUGCUAUGUUUGACAGCGGCUCUCUGUCCUGGCAUGAAUUCUUGGUAAUUUGUGCAUGUUGUAUUCCUUAAACAAACAGCCACCGUACUGUACCGUGAGCACACGAGAGCCAGUGCAGGCACAGAAGGAUACCAGUGCAAUAGAAUAAAAUCCAAACUAUGUUUACA